AUGGAUGCUUUCGAUUUGGACGUUUUGAUUUCUGUGAAUCAACAGUAAGUGCUUUUCCAUUGUUCCAUUGCAAUGAGUAUUAUUCUAUUAGAUGAAUGGCUUGAUGGUGACGGUGGCGUAGAUGGAAUUGUCAUUGAUCUGUAGGUGAAAUUAAAUUAAAUAUGUAGGAAAUAUGUAGCAGAAAAGCCGUCGCGUCCUAUCCUUUUUGCUAUGAAAUAACACGAAUAUUAAAUUAUUUAAAUUACAAAAUCGAGGACUUAAUAAAUUUGACGAAAUGAAAGAUUACCUUGCCAGUUGAGAGAAAUGAUUAUUAGAUGCAAAUAUAGUCAUAUCUAUUAAUAUUUUCAAUUGUCAUUUACUUUGCAAUAUCUUGUACUAUAACGCCACAUGAUAAUAUUAAUAAAAUGUUUUCUACAAGUAUUCAAAUAUGUUUGUGCUAUUAUGAAUUUUUAUGAGAUUGCUAUAUCCUCAUAUGUUGAACGGAUAAAUUACAACAGAAUAAACGAAAUGGAAUGUUUGAUCAAUAUAUCAUAAGGAGAGAAAAAGAAAAACAAACCUCGUUGAUCAUGAGCAUUCGAUAAAGAACUCGAUAAAAAACUCAAGGUAAAUCCUUGUCAUGGAUACGACAGCUAUGACUGGCAAAGGAACACAUCGUUUCAUGACGUUUAAUUGAUCUCUACCCCCCCAACUUGUUCGUUAAAGCGACCGGAAUUCCUGCAGGUCAAUCUAUUCCAACGGUCACUUCAACGAGCAACGAUUAAUGACAGAUUAAGAAAGAAAAACGUCACGUUGUUCUGUCCACGUAACGCAAUCAGUUUCCAUUAGAUGCGCGUCGUCAUAAUUGGAGGAUUUCCCAGUCUUCAUCUAGGGUGAAAUACAUUAGUGGUGAAACAUGUGUAUCCAUGGGUAUCCAUAAAAUCUUUAAACUUUUUUUAAUGAAAAAUAUAGGAAGAAAUAAAUUAUUAUAAAUGUAUGUCAGUAUAUUCUAUUUUUAUAAUAUUGUACAUCUUAUCCAAUGUACUUCUUAGAAUAUUGAUAUUUCUUGAAAGCUAAUUGAUUGCAACAUAAAGUUCAAUAUUUAAUUUAGGUCCUAUAUAACACAAAAAUAUUACAGAAAAUUCAAAGUAUAUCUUUUGAAAUAAAUAUGUGAAAAAUAGCUAUAAUUUAAUUGUAAUAUUUCACGAUAUUAAGUAAUCUAAAUGUCAUUUAUACUUAUAUGGUAUAAAACGUAUUCAGGAUUUACAUGAAUAUUAACAUUGUGCACUUAAGUGAAAUUGAGGACGAAAUGCGGUUGGAGUGCAAUGAUAUUAGUAUUUGUAUAUUCCAUGUAUAGUCACUGCAAAGUUGGGAAAUAUUUGCGGAUCGUUGUCCCACUGUCCUCGUUGAUCACAUUUAUCGAGUACAAAUUCAAAUGAUUUAAGAAUAAAGGAACAAAUUGACGGACGAGAACUCUUUUCCAUUGAGAAUUACGUAUAGUGAUCGUUAGAUAGAGAAAUAAUAGAAAGGAACACCAACGGUGAAAGCAGAUUCUGUUUUCAAUUGGUGAUGUCAUACGUUACCCUCGAGACAAUGAAUACGUUUAAUAAACUAUGUAUCUUAUCCUUGUGGUGUUUUUUAUCAAAAUGAUUCAAGAUAUCAGAUUUCUAUGACAUCGCGAAUAAUGAUAUAAAUAUUGAACAUUGAUAUAAAUAUUUGAUAUGAAACGAUAACGAGAGAAUUUGACUCGGCUGGAAAAUGAUAUUUUCUGGAAUAAAUUAAAUAAAUUAAUUAAUUUGAAUCAUUUCUUUUUUUUGUUUUUGUAAAUAGAUGCUUGCAGUGUUUUUGUUAUUAAUACCAACGCUCUGGGGGGAUGAAACCGAAGCUAGUGUUCUUGUAGCAGACAUGACAAUGUCCAGAAUGGUUGAAUUGAACGCUCACGCACCCUUUUGUGCGUUGUAUACUGAUCGUGGAGUUAUUCAGAGAAUGGUCCUUGGAGCCGAUCCGAAAAAAGUCAGACAAAUGUCAGCAAACCUUGUAACAGACUUGGAGGAAACGUGUAAAGCGUCCCGUGAUAAGGGAAAGAAUCAGCCUGCAGGCGGUGGACUGAUCUAUCCAGGCACAAAAUGGUGUGGGCCAGGCACUUUGGCAAAAUCGUACGACGACCUUGGUCAUCAUUCAGCCGAAGACGCUUGCUGUCGAGAACACGAUCACUGUCCAAUCACAGUAUCGCCUAAGGAAUGCAUUAAUGGUAUAUGUAACAAUUCACCAUUCACACGGUCUCACUGCGACUGCGAUGCCAAGUUCCGCAGAUGUUUGCAGAACCUUAAUUCAGAAGUGGCGAACACCCUCGGUGCUCUUUUCUUCAACGUGAUACAAGUGACUUGCUUCAAGGAAAGGCGUCCCUGUUCGCAAUGGCAGAGGUGGAUUUGGAUGAAUUCGACACAGUACGAGUUUAUUAAUUCGCCAUGGUCUACUAAUUUGUCGCGGGAUUAUUACACCUACAAGAUCCUUCUCUUCAAAACGUUGCUUCAAGCGUUGCGUGACGCUCUCAAGAAGAAACAACUUCUAUCUUCAUGGCUACAUGAUAUGUCCAUCAAAUCUGGGAAGUGGGGAAAGUGGCGGGACAUUGAUAUGUGCUGGAUGUCUCAAUGCAAUAGAUGAAGAUGAAUUCAUACAGGCACUAAAUCAAGAAUGGCACAUUGAUUGUUUUCGGUGUUCAGCAUGUGAUAUUGGUCUGUCCACAUGGUACUUUGAGAAAGAUGGCUUACUUUUCUGUAAGGAUGAUUAUUGGGCUGCCUAUGGUGAAGCUUGUCAAGGUUGUGGCCAAAUCAUUACGGGUCCUGUCAUGUUGGCAGGAGAUCACAAAUUUCACCCAGAAUGCUUUGCCUGUAAUUCUUGUGGAGCCUUUAUUGGCGAUGGAGAGAGUUAUGCAUUGGUCGAGAGAUCCAAAUUGUAUUGUGGAAGUUGUUACAAGAGGCAAAUGCAGCCGAUCAACAGGACAGCUAAUUGUCCCUUCACAAGAAAGCCACACAGCAUUAGAUUGGUUGAAAUACCUCCAAAUACUUCUGAUCCUGAGAAACAGAGGGGAAUUAAAUUAACAUUAGACACAACUCCUAGUCCUCGAAAUUGUGGUGCUUUACUUCGUAUAUCCGAACUGAAUAUGUCCAGUGAUCUCAUAUCUUUGCACAUCGGUGACCGCAUACUCGAAGUAAAUGGUACUCCAGUUAAGGACCAGCCUAUAGAGAACAUUGAAAAUUUAAUACAAUAUUCUGAUACAGUUGUACAGCUGACCAUUGAGCACGAUCCGGACGCAGUGUCUAGAAGACUCACAUAUUCAUCGCCGUCCGCGGCUAUGUUGACAUCGAUUGCCAGUCCAAGAACAAGUCCCGAAAAUAAAGAACGUUUAUUUAAACGCCGGGAUGAAGGUUACAUCAGUGGAACGCGCAGCAGACAAUUGAGAAGGACCAGGGAUCCUCUGCACAAAGAGCGUAGCAGUUCCAUGUCGCGUUUGCUUGAUGGAUCUUCAACUACAAAUCCUACAUGUGACUUAAGCAGGACUAGAUCGUUUCGUGUCGAACCAAAGAAUCAAAGAAUAUUCCGUGCCAGUGAUCUAGUAAAAGGUGAACUGCUGGGUACAGGAUUUUUCGGGCAAGUGUUCAAAGUCACACACAGAGAUACCAAUGAAGUGAUGGUGCUAAAAGAGUUGUACAGAGUAGACGAGGAAGCUCAAAAAAAUUUUUUAAAAGAGGUUGCGGUAUUACGUUCUUUACAUCAUAAUAACGUUCUUCGAUUCAUCGGUGUUCUAUACAAAGACAAAAAGCUUCAUUUAGUCACUGAAUACAUAGCGGGUGGAACUCUAAGAGCUUUGCUUCACGAUACGAAUGAAAUCUUACCUUGGGAGCAACGAACGUUAUUUGCUAAAGAUAUAGCCGCUGGUAUGGCUUACUUACAUUCCAUGAAUAUCAUUCACCGAGACUUGAACUCGCAUAAUUGUCUCGUGCGCGAAGAUAAAACUGUAGUCGUGGCUGAUUUUGGCCUAGCGAGGAUAAUACAGAACGGCAAUUCUCCCCAUAAUCGCAAAUAUAGCAGACAUUCCGAUGGAGAGGCGAAAACAUCGAAGAAAGAGCGAAAGAAAAGGUACACGGUAGUUGGAAAUCCGUAUUGGAUGGCACCUGAAAUGAUGAAGGGUAAUAAGUAUGACGAGAAAGUUGAUAUAUUUAGUUUUGGUAUUGUCGUUUGUGAGAUCAUUGGUCGGGUUCAAGCGGAUCCCGAUUAUUUGCCACGGUCAUCAGAUUUUGGUUUGAAUCAGAACGUAUUCAAGGAGAAAUUUUGUUCCAAUUGUCCAGAGAUGUUCUAUAUGAUUGCCUUUCUUUGCUGCGACCUAAAUCCUGACAAGAGACCACCUUUCGAAGUGAUGCAGUUAUGGCUGAAAGCAUUAGCAAAGCAUUUAUCGGUGGGUGGAGAAUUGCCAUCAGAUUUGGAGUUCGAUAUUAGAAAUUAUACGGGACCGAGUACGAGUACGAGCGAGUCCACGACUCCAGAGACUCUGGCGCCGCAAUUGAAGCCUAUUAAAGAAGGUCAAGUACAUCAGGAGAAAAAACGGUGCAGUGGUUGUGACGACAGCACGCUGGAACGUGAAGAAACUGUGCCUGCUAGUAAUAUCCUUCAAGUGCCUGACGUGAUAAGCCCUCGAGGAAGGUAUGCAAGACAGAACAGUAAAACGAGUGAAUCGUCCGGAAGUUCGGGUCGUUAUUCCAGACAGAACUCGAGGUCCAAGGAAGUAUCUAUUGACAAGCCGGACAUUGUUAUUUCUCCGGACUCUAGUGGAUUUACUGGCUGCUUUCCAAGGCAGAGCGUCAAGUCGAUUGAAUCGCCUACCCACUUUUCCAACGAUAAACAAGAUUCGUACGUGAAGAACGAAGUGGAAUCGAAUUUAAAACGGAUACCCACGAUCGAAAAAAUACGGUACGUGGGCAGAGCGAGUCCGUGCUUUUGUGAGACUUCGAAAUCAUCCGCAGGCUCUUAUUUGAGAAGGACGAAGAUUUCCCCUACGAAAGAGACGCCAAAGAAUGCAUUUUCGCCGCAGAAGAACAGUCAAUCCGAAGCUGGUAUCUCGUUGCGGUCAAAAGUAAGCGUAACGCCGGGAGAAGUUAGCGAGGACGAAUCUGCCAACAACAGGGUAAUCAGACAGGAAAGUAACGUUUCGGAUAUCGGUAGUAUAUUAUCUAGGCAAGGGAGUCUCACAGUAUUAGACUGCACGGCUAAACACAAAGAUAAGAUGUACAAAGAUUAUUCGCCUUUUAACACAUUGCAGAAGGAGGAUCUACGUUCUAAAGAAGCCGGUUUCAGAAAUAAUGCUGCUCUUCAUUAUACAGACAGUCUCUAUUCGAAUUCGAAUCUUUCCAAGAACGAUGAUUUCCUCUCGUGUAACGCACGAAAUGAUAUUAAUGUAGAUAACAAAAAGGAUUGCACCACGUCUGGCCAAGAUUGUACGAAUUUCGAAACGAACGACUCUAAGAAACCAGUAAUCGAAACAACGUCGAUGUAUGAUGAAAAAUUGCCUAACUCUUUAACGGAGUACACCGGAUGUUAUAAGAAUGUGGAUCUAUGCAGGCAGGAUAGUUUUGGUUCUGACAGCGCGGUCGGUACCAUGAGAAGUAAUUUCUUUGCAGACUUAGAUUUCGUUCAAUUAAGAGACGGCAGGCACACACCGGAUUUGUGCCACACACCCGAACGAUGUUGCAGCCCUAAUCGGGCUGCAUCGCCAAUAGAGAGUACAGCUUUAACAGCAAUAAAUGUAUUAAUGCCGGAAACAAGAUAUGUAUUUGAAGAAGGAGGACUGGGCAACGCGCACAUUGUUCUUUACAUUGCACGACUUGUUGAAAGGCGGACGAGAAUUGCCUACAAGAAUGGCCAUAAUUUUGCCAUUAACAGUAAGAAGUAUUGCUAAAAAAAUAUUCCUGACAUCCGAAAAUCUGCAGAUUGACUUUUUUUGCUGUUCUUGGGGCGGAUGUGAUAAAUGGCGAGAGAAAGUCUUUUCGGAGGGAUGA